AACCACAUGUUCUAAACUAGGAGGGGCUUGCCGCUAAAGUAACCCGUCAGUCAAAGCAUCAACUUCAAAUGAUAUCUACGGAUCUGCCAGGACCUAUGGGCAGACACAUCAGUUGGAGUUGAAUUGGCGAUCAGAUCGCUUACAGGAAGAUUCUGCAGGCCAGGACAAAAAGAAACGGGAUUUGGAGGCGAUCGGAAGCGAGUUUUUAUUGCUUGUCAUUGUGUCAUUUUCUGAGUUCGCGAAGAUCUCUUCUCAGGAGAUGGCCUUCCCUCAGCUCGGAUACCCUCAGUAUCUAAGUGCGAGCCAGGCUGUUUAUGCUGCCGAUCGGCAGGGAGUGCUGGCUUCUUCCCGAGGAGGAGCCGAGCUUGGGGCUAAUCCCGCCGCUGCUGUAACCUCGGUGUUGGGAAUGUAUGCAAACCCUUACACAGCUCAGAACUACAGCGCCUUCCUUCCCUACACCACCGAUCUCACCAUGUUCUCCCAAAUGGGAUCGCAAUACGAAUUAAAGGAUAAUCCUGGGGUGCAUCCGGCCACGUUCGCAGCCCAUGCGGCUCCUGCUUAUUAUCCCUAUGGACAGUUCCAGUACGGGGAUCCAGCCAGACCCAAGAAUGCAACCCGGGAGAGCACCAGCACGCUCAAGGCCUGGCUCAACGAGCACAGAAAGAACCCCUACCCCACCAAAGGGGAAAAAAUCAUGCUGGCCAUCAUCACCAAGAUGACCCUGACCCAGGUUUCCACUUGGUUCGCCAACGCCAGGAGGAGACUCAAGAAGGAGAAUAAAAUGACCUGGGGCGCCCGGAAUAAGGAAGACGACGGUACACUUUACGGCAGUGACACAGAAGGGGAGAACGAGAAAAAAGAAGAGGAUGAAGAGAUUGACCUAGAGAGUAUCGACAUCGACAAAAUCGACGAAAACGACGAGGAGCAAAGUAAUGGAGAGGAGGAGGAAAAACUUAACCCCAGUGACGAGAGGGAGAAAGUGGAUUUGGAGAGUGGGCACAACCGGACUUUGCAAGGGUCUGUUGUUGACAGCAAAGCGAGGGAGACGGACAGAGAUGAUGGAAAUGUUGCCGAUAGUAAUGGCACCAGGGGGAUUUCAUUAGGGCAGGGGAAUUUACUAAUCCCAAAUCACAGCAAACCUAAAAUCUGGUCGUUGGCAGAAACUGCGACCAGUCCAGACAGUGCCCAGAAAUCCUCACCAACUAACCACACUCAGUCAACCAUUCAGCACCCGGCUUUCCUCUCAAACCACGGACUCUACACAUGUCAGAUCAGCAAGUUUCAUAAUUGGACAAACGGUGCUUUCCUGGGCCAGAACUCUUUGCUAAAUGUCAGGUCUUUUCUGGGUGCAAAUCAUCACCACCACCACCACCAUCAGCAGCAACAGUCGGCUGUGCUAACGGCAGCACUGGGAGCAAUGAGCAAUGAAAAAUCAACAGAUAUACACAGUCCAAAACACACAGAAAGAGAUUGUAUUCCAGGUGAAUCUCCAUCACAGCAAUUAAAAAUAUCAUAUCAACCCUUAAACGAAAGCUCACGGCCUCAGCAGGAAGGGACGAGAGUUUUAGCAGGCAUCUCUUCCGUCUGAGAAAGUUUUCCGGAAAACAAUUCAAAGAAAGAAGAACACGGACAAGAUUUUUUUUAAGAAAAAAAAAGCAAAUUUACUUCAUCUUUUUGUAUCGCCAGUGUCAGGCAAUGCAAAAACCCUUUCAGAAUCUUGACCAAUAUAUAACGAUUUAUUUGACAUUGUAACAUAUCAGCACGUGUUAUUCUAAUUGUUUUGUUUUCUUGACGCGAUAAUUAUUGGGUUGGUAAUUAUUUUUCCCCACGUCCAAUAUUUUAUGUAUAUAGAGUGAUUAUAAUUGUAAAUAUGCGUGUGAGCAGAACUUGUCAAAAUCAUAUAUUUUUGUCUAAUAAACUAAAAGAUAUUAGAACGAGCUCCCAGUGACACUACAUGGCAAUGACAUUACUUUUCAAAAAAGGUCUCAUUUCAGUGUUUUGGAAGGAUGUCACUGCACGUGUGUGUGCGUGUGUGUGUGUGUGUGCGUGUGCGUGUGCGUGUGCGUGUGUGCGUGUGCAUGUGCGUGUGUGUGUGUGUUUGUGUGAGGGAGGUAGGAUGAGGUGUCCGUAGUGGCAGUUUUGUUUUGUUAGUGUUAUCAGGAUAAUUUUACUGAACACAUACUGAUGGCUAACAAAAAAAGGCUGGGAGGCAGAAAAUGGUUCCAAACCAGGCUGAGAACUCAGCAAAGUAAAUGUCUCAGUGUUUAUUCUCCCGGUCCCCUAUGAAACCAAUCAGUGACCUUUAAGGUGCUACUAACUCGACAGAUGGCUGCUCCUGGUGGAAAAGGGGGAGCUCUAUGAAGCAAACAGCUGCUAAAGCAAUUAAAAAAUAAUAUGGGAAGGCUGUGUCCAAACAGGGAGGUGGGGGAGUUAAAAAGACAAGCUCAUCACGUAUCGGAAAUAAUAGCAACUGUGAAAUAAAAUAUUAACAAAGCA